CGCUAUAAACCCUGAAAAAUGCCGAGUCACACCGGAAACAGUUAUGUCCGGCCGGAAACAGUUAUGUCAACCCUCGCCGGAAACAGUUAUGUCACUAUUUCGAUCACGUUCACGUGUUUUUACAUUACUCAUUUAAGCUCGGGUUCGACAUUCAGUUGCUAAGCAAACGUCAACAGUGGGCGAUUCAAAAUGACGGAAAAGCAACUUCGCUUUGUAAAUCUUAGUUCCAGUGAUUUGAACAAUCUAAUUGAAAAAAAAAAAAAAUCAGUAAACACAAUUCGGGUGAUCAGUUCAAGUGUAAGUGUUUUGAGGAGCUUCUGUGAUGAAACUGGACGAGAUGUUUCCGACUUGUACGCAAUACCGAAAUCCGAGCUCCAGGAAUUUCUUAAAGUAUUUUAUGGGGGUUUACGAAGUGCAGAUGGAGAAGCUUAUGCAAAGAGAAGUAUGAUAUCAAUCAGACAUGGUUUACAGAAGUAUUUCAUGAAGAAAAGAAAGAUAGAUAUUGUAAAUGAUUCCGAUUUUAAGGAGGCAAAUACGGUAUUUCUUGCCAUGUGUGCCAAAAUUAAAAAGGAGGGCAAAGGAGCAGUAGUACACAAAGAACCCAUUACAAGAUCAGAUUUACAGAAACUUUAUAUGUUUUUUAAUGUGGAAACCGCUCAGGGACUACAAGACAAAGUCUUUGUUCAUUACAUGCUCUAUUUUUGUAAUAGAGGAAGGGAGAAUUUAAUAGGUUUAAGAAUUAGUGACUUUUCUACUGGUACAGAUAGUGAAGGCAGGAGAUUCAUAUUCAAGCAACGAGAUCACGCUACAAAGAACCACAAAGAUGACGAAAGUAACAGUCAAGGUGGGAGAAUGUACGAACUUAAAGAUCAACCGCAUUGCCCAUAUUCGUCUUUUGUGACCUACAUCGAAAAACUGAACAAAGAUUUAGAUGUGCUUUGGCAAAGACCGAGUAACAAAAGCCAACUCAAGUAUGAUAAAGUAGCUGUCGGAAAGAACACUCUUGCAGAAAAAAUGAAAAAUCUCUCAAAAAAUGCAGGACUAUCAAAAAUUUACACAAACCACUGUUUGAGGGCAACUUCUAUCACAGAAUUAGACAGAUCCGGAUUCGAAGCCCGACAUAUCACGUCAAUCUCGGGACACCAAUCAGAAAGCAGCAUAAGGAGUUGUUCAGCUCAUGUUUGCGACGAAAAGAAGAUGGACAUGGCCAUGUCUAUUUCAAGGGCUAUUAUGGGAGAUUCAGUUCUUGCGGAAAAAACAAAAAAUGUUUUGGGUUUAUCUACCAACCCUGCCGCUGUGCUGCCACCCCAGAAUGCAGAUGGUGAGGAUGAUAUUACAUUUGAAGACAUUGAUUUUCUUGAAAUUACAAAUUCCCAGGAGCAACACAUGUUGGAGACAGUUUUCACAAGUGAAACUAGGAAAACAUCUGUGAACCGUGAAAUAAUUCAUGUUCCUGUAGACUCAAGAAACGCUCCAUUACUAUCCAAGCAUGAAGAAAAAGAAAACAGAAAUCUUAAAUUUCAGCAUGCAGCCCCAGUUAUGAAUUUUCAUGGAAGUACGGUGAACGUUCAUUACCAUUACUAUUGACAUUUCGAAUCAAAAUUUUAAAAGUUAAUAAUUUUUAUUUGUCUCAGUUUGAAACUAAUAAAAAUCUGUUCAAGCUUUAGAAUUCAGUUGUUAAUAUUUAAUCUUAAAAAAAAAUGUCAUAUAUAACUUAUACCACGUGUCUUCUUUGGUGACUAGCUUUGUUAUCUUUUAAUUUUAAAAAUGU